AUGAUGAACAAAGGCGGUGGUUCCGGUGCCGGUAUGGCCGGAUCCGGUGGAGGAAGCGGACCAACGGCCGCCGCAGCCGCUGCUGCUUUACAGAAGCAAAAGACGUUAUUACAGAGAGUAGACACUGAUAUUACAUCUGUCGUCGAUAACUUCACACAAAUCGUCAAUGUCGUGAGAGUGAGUGAUCCUCCGGCUCCGGUGAAGAACUCACAGGAAGCUUACAUGAUGGAGAUGCAAGCAUCAAGAAUGGUUCAAGCAGCUAAUUCUCUUUUGAAACUUGUAUCGGAGCUGAAGCAAACCGCGAUUUUCUCUGGAUUUGCAUCGCUUAACGAUCACGUGGAACAAAGAAUUGCAGAGUUUGAUCAAGAAGCCGAGAAGACAAAUCGAUUGUUGGCUAGAAUAGCCGAUGAUGCAUCGGCUAGUCUUAAAGAGCUCGAGUCUCACUAUUACUCUUCUGCUCAGAGAUUGACUCUAGACAUUUAA